CUCUCUCACACCUUCCAGUACUGAAAGUUAGCGCGUGGAGCUGAGCUGAUGAGAUAGUCAACAUCAUUUAGUAUCAUUGAUUACACGGGUCUUAGCAAACCCGGUUCGGAUUUUGGAGCUCCAUCAGUUGAUUGACCGUAUAGGCACGAGAACAGAUUGCUGAAGACGCUCUGGAAAUGGAAUUGACAUUUUCGGGAAUUGACUUGGGAUUUGAACAUAUUUGAUACCGCAUGAAUGAGCAAUUUCCGAUUUAUAUUAACACAAUUUUAAUCGUUUAAACUUCUGCAGUAGGCUAGCCGCUUUAAGUUAGGCAAAUAAUACUGGCAAACAUCAAAUGAUACAGUAAGGAUGGAAACUGCUCUCAUUCAAACACGGCGGCGGUCAAGUGGUUGUUCAGAGUCUGGACAGAUUCGGCGAUCCAGCGUUGGAAACGAGUCCCGACAUCUUCGAAGGUCCAGCAUUGGGACUGAAUCUCGACAGAAUCGGCGGUCCAGCAUUGGAACCGAGUCUAGGCAAAGUCGGCGGUCUAGCAUUAGUAACUCGUCGGAUGCUCAGGCAUGGGUUGACAGACCCCUACCUGUCGACUACAACGGGGACACACCUAUGGACGAGGGAACGUUAUCCGGGGGUGUCAAGAAGCAUCAUCACAAACAUAAUCUUAAACACCGGUACGAGUUACUGGAGACGCUGGGGAAAGGAACCUACGGUAAAGUGAAGAAAGCCGUUGAGAGAAACUCCGGCAGAGUGGUGGCCAUCAAGUCCAUCAGGAAGGAGAAGAUCCAGGAUGAACAAGACAUGGUCCACAUCCGCCGUGAGAUCGAGAUCAUGUCUGCCCUCCGACACCCUCACAUCAUCUCCAUCCAUGAAGUGUUUGAGAACAAGGAGAAGAUUGUCAUCGUGAUGGAGUAUGCCAGUAAAGGAGAGCUGUAUGACUACAUCAGCGAGCGCAGGCGUCUGACGGAGAGAGAGACCAGACAUUUCUUCAGGCAGAUCGUCUCAGCAGUUCACCACUGUCACAAGAAUGGUGUGGUGCACAGGGACUUGAAACUGGAAAAUGUUCUACUGGACGAAAACUGCAACAUAAAGAUUGCAGACUUCGGUCUGUCCAACCUCUACCACAGAGACCAGCUGCUGCAGACCUUCUGCGGCAGCCCCCUGUACGCGUCUCCCGAGAUCGUGAACGGGAGGCCCUACCACGGCCCCGAGGUGGACAGUUGGGCCCUGGGCGUGCUGCUCUACACCCUGGUGUAUGGGACCAUGCCCUUCGACGGAACAGACCACGUCCAGCUUAUACGGCAGAUCAGCAACGGAGAAUACAAAGAACCUACCCAGGCCUCAGAUGCGCGUGGUCUGAUCCGCUGGAUGCUGAUGGUCAACCCGGAGCGCCGUGCGACGGUAGAGGACGUGGCCAACCACUGGUGGGUGAACUGGGGCUGGAAGAGCAGCGUGUGUGACUGCCAGGGCCAGCAGCUGCAGGGCUCACCCAUGCUCGCCCGCUUCUUCGACUGGCAGAACCGGACCCCCCCCACCCCGACAGCCCUCCACCCCCCGACCCCCCCCGUCCCGGGCCGCCAGCGGGUGAAGAAGCCCAUGAAGGAAAAUGAGGGCGGAGCACGACAGCCGGAGGAUAAGCCGGGACUGAAGAGACCCAAGGGGAUCCUGAAGACGCGUGUGCCCGACCAGAGGUCUCACAGCUUGGGGGAGAUCGAGCUCAGCCGCUCCCUUCACUUCCCGGACGGGGGUCUGACCUCCAGCCCCGAGAAGGACGAAGAGGAGGACGAGGAGGAGGAGGAGGAAGAUCAGGUCUGUCUGGGGGGCUCUCCUGCCAAGAUGGUGCCCACCCUACCCAGGAAGGGCAUCCUGAAGAACAAGCAGCAGAGAGAGUCUGGCUACUACUCCUCCCCAGAGCGCUGGGAGUCCGCCGUCGUGGUGGGGUCGCCGUCGCCAUGGCGCCCCCCCGCCAGCUCCCCGGCCAAACGCUCCAUGGGAAGGAAAGGCAUCCUGAAGCGCAACGGCAAGUACUCCUCCAUCCACGCCCGCGACAACCACGUCUCCACAAGCUUCAUGGGCGAGUCGGAAGGGACCGCUGACUCCGGAGGCCUCGCUCGCAGCCAGAGCCGGCCUUCAGGCAUCGUGAGCGACGACACAAGCCUGUCUGGUGCUCCCUUCCCUGGGAUGGACUGGCCAAAGGCCACGCCCGGGCCCAGCAUCAGGGCCUGCAUGUCAGCCGAGGAUUUACUCCAGCUGGCAGGCCUGCGAGGCCUCCAGGCAGCAGCACCGCUCCACGGGGGCAGGGUGACCCAGUGCACCCCAGCCUCUCCUGGGGACAACGGCAGCUUCUCACUGCUCGGGGACAUGGAUGAUGUCACACAGGUGUAUAAGCAUGCUCUGGACAUCAGCGGGGGUCUGAGAGAGACUUAGAGGAUGGGGUCAGAGACGAAGAGGAGAAGAAAGAGGAACACCCAAACACAUAUGCACAGUCAAACAAAAGGACGGCCACGGUCACACAAACACACACACACAUAUACACACCCACCUACACGAACACUCAAAGAUUUUCAUUUACCCUUGAAAAUAACCAUAGCAUAAAAGCUUAAUGCAGGAAAACUGCAUCUAACUGAAGAUAUGUUAGAUGCAGAACUGUGUACUAUGCAAAUGUUGCUUUCAGUGUGUUAGUCCAUGCAGUAGUCUUGAUGUGUUUUGGUCAUUGUCAACCCAUGUAUUAUUUGACUUAACUGAUAUUAAUAUCAUGAAUGUAUUUUUGCAUUGAAACUAAAUCUUAACUACAGAACAUUAUACUAUGUUAGUAUUUCUGUUAUUUAUCAUGCUUCCAUUUUAUGAAACUUUUGAAAAUGUUUAAGAAACAAAACAUUAAGAAGACACAAGGUUUUGUUAGUUUCUCAACAUUACUAGGACAGUAUAACUGGAUAUCAUUGUGUUAUGAAGUAUUAUGUUAUUUAAGUUUUAUUUGAUUUUGUUAGUUUAUUAGUAUUUCUGUCACUGAUGUGUUAUGAUAAGUAUUUUGGUAUAAAAUAAUGUUGAAACAUUGUCUCAUUGAGAGACAAAUAUCUCAAAGAUAGAUGUUGAUUUAUAGCUUACAGUCGCUUAAAGAGAUACAAGCUUAGAACAACCUUUUACCAUCUCAAAUAAAAUAUUCAUUGUAAAA